AUGCACCGCCGAUACAAUCCCGACAGAUGGGCCGCUUUCAGACGGGAGAAGCGGUCCGAGUACAAGAGACGCAGAUCCGCAUGGUAUGACUGGCGCGGCCUAUGGCGCCAUCGCGACAAGGAAACUUUCCCAGCGACGUUCGUGGCCCAGACCGAGAGCGGAACCCAAUAUUUUACGAUCCUCCCUCAUCGCGACCUCAUCAUAAUUCGGAGGGAGGAUAAAAUGCCCCCUAUCGACUACCUGAUUGAGCAGUUACUGCCCUUCUCAAAUCAGAAGUUCGGCUACGAAGGCGUCGCUCACAUUGCCGUCGAAUUCGAUCCUUCGUGGAGCGCAGACGAGGUUGAGCAGUGUAGGGCGAUACCAUGGUAUUCUCGAAACUAUCGUGUCAAUAAUUACCAACGUUGGGAUUGUUAUUCUGCCUUGGCUAAGGCAGUGAGACCUCGUGCUUUAGGCAAUGGCUUGACACGAGUAUGGGUUGUGGACUAUCGGCUCCGCCGCAAGAUCCCUAUCGCCACCGCGGAGGCAACGGAAAAUGCUCGGACCCAGUCUCCCGACGAUGAGGGACUCGUAUUCGAGGGACAGGGGUGCAAAUAUUUCGCCAUGCCGAAUUCCAUGGUUGACUCAUACUGCUGUUACGAUGCAAUUGAAGGCCCGACGUCGAACAACGUCUUUGACUUUGUUCGCGCAAUCGAGAGGUUGGCCUGCCAGUUUGAGUUGGACGAUUGGCCUUGGUUUCAAAAUGUCCAGUCUCGUAACGUUGGGGUUUUCAACCCAAGGCGACGCAGAGAAAACACACGAUCCGUGAAACGACACGAGCUCGAAGGCAAGCUUUUGCCUCUAUACGACGUGUCCGCCUGGGAUCCAAAACAAUUACCGAACUUCCCGCCGACCGCACGCGCGUUUCUGGAGUUAGAUCACGAGAACGUCUCGCGUCUGCUCAAGAGUCUCCGUCCCGACGCCGAGACGCGUCCCGAAUGGGGACAAAUGGACUGGAUGCAAGCCUUGCUUGCCACGCUGGUCAGCGGCACGCCGUUGCACGACCUCUGGCUUGAACGCAAAUCAGACGAGAAGGUUUCGGGCCCGGCGGUAGCAUCCGAUUCUGAUCAGGCGCAGAAAGAUCAGGCUUCGGGUGGCUACUUCUCUUUCUGGGCCGCUCCCGUCGAGAUUAGUUUUCCAGACUUGGUUACGUGGACGUUCAUGGUUUUCCUGGAGGGUAUGCUUUUGCAAUGUUGGAUCAGAUGUCGGCACAGAGCGAGAGGAGAUGAGAUGACCAAUUGGGUUGAAUGCAUUCCAUAG